AUGGACUCUAAUGCUGGGCCCUCAAAGAGAGUAAAAUAUGGAGAUGCUGAUUUUGAAGCUGCUUUACUGAAAUGGGCAGAGGAAGUCGAUUCUGGUGGAAGCGAUAUCAAAUCAGAUGGCGACUAUAUAGUAUCGGACAUUGACACUGAGUCGGAGGUUGAAUUCGACGAAGAGGACAACGAAAAUCUAGGUGAAAUCAGUCAUACCGAGAUAAUCCAGAAAUAA